AUGGCGACACCAGCUGUACCGUACAAGGAAUACAGGAAGUUGACGAUAAAACUAGUCAAAGCUAAUUGUAAGUUGGAAUUUUUAAGAGAGUGUUUAAAAAACGAGGUUUUUCCUAUGUCUAUAUUUAGACUCCGCAUUCCGAAAGAAUGCUUCUCGCUAAAACUACGUUUUUGUAUGGCGUGCCUUAGGAAAUCUAUUAAAUUAACAAAAAAUAAAAAGUAUGGGAUCCUGAAUCGCAUUGUUGAAAUGGAAAACAGGGUUUUUAUUGAAGAUCCGGAUAAGCUUAUAGAUAUGAACCUUAGAGUCGUUCGUCUUACGGAUAAUGUUCAUAAGAACUUAACUAAACGCUAUAUUAAGAAAAUGAAGUGGAUUAUUUAUAAGCAGGUUCCAAAAAGUAAAGGGAAGAAUAUUACAACUUACGUUGUUUGGGACCAAAUUGAUGUACCUAAUAGGGUAAAAGCGCUUCUGAACAAUGGCCCGAACUUCGUCCCGGAAGAUGCAGUGAAUUGGGAAACCUCCAUCCAGGAGAUCGAAAGAGGAAUUAUUGGUCUAGAUCCGAUAGAGAAAGAUUAUAUACGUUGGAAGACUGUAUUAAAAAAUCAAGAAAAAUGGAAAAAAGGAGGAAGUAUUAACAAAGACAUCCUUUAUACUAAGCGUUGGCUGAAAGCAAACAACUUAAUUGCCGCAAGAGCGGAUAAAAGUAAACAAAUAGUUUUAAUGAAAAAACAAACGUAUGACAAAGCCUUAGAAGAAUACAUCAAAAAGACGGAAUGUAUUAAAACCAGCAGUAAAAUUGUGGAGGCUAUUGAUAGAAGAGUUAGGAAACUGGAGGAAACCAAGCUUGCGAAGGUUUUACCUUUUAUCCGGAAAUGCCGUAACCCCAGACCUGGGAUCCCUAGACUAUUCGCCUUCGCUAAAACGCAUAAAGAGGGCAAGGAAAUAAGGCCAAUAGUGGAAAAGCAUAAAGCACCUACAUUUUUCCUAGAAAAAAGGUUACAAGAAUAUAUCUCCUCCCUAAUGGAAAGUAGUAAUUUGGUUGCAAAAGAUCCUGUAAUGGUGGUUAAAGAGCUGCAAGACAUUACUUUGAUGGAUGAAGAAGUGGGAACUGUGUUGGAUUAUGAGAGUUUAUACCCCUCCAUUAAGAUUAAUUCUUGUUUGGAAACUCUAUUGGAGUUCUUGUUUAGAGAAAACCCGAUAUUAACGCAUCACAGAAACGAGGUUAUGGAAAUGGCUAAUCUUAUAUGUUGCGAAUCUUUUUUCACUUUCGAAGGCCAAACUUAUAAACAAAAGAGGGGAGUUCCGAUGGGAAGCCCAAUUUCGGGGCUUCUAUGCGAGCUUGUGGUUAGAAAAUUGGAAGAAAAAGUAUUACGAAGCUUUGAAAGAGAAAUCGUUUUCUACAAGAGAUAUGUGGAUGAUUUAUUUAUAAUAUGGAGGAAUAAUCGAGAAAUUACUAGCUUCAUAGAUAGAAUCAACGAUAACGAGGAAGGCCUCAGCCUGAAGCUAGAGCAGAAAAGUUCCAAGAUGGUACAUUUCUUAGAUAUUAAUAUCAUCUUUAGCAAAGGGCAUGUAUCCACCGGCGUGUACAUAAAACCAACACAUAGCCCACUAUACAUCCCUGCUAAGUCCAAUGACCCCUAUCGUUACAAAAUGGCAGCAUUUCGUGCCUUGGUUAGAAGGGCUUUUCUAUACUGCGACAACAUCAUAGACCGGGUUACUGAGAUCGAAAGGAUCAUACAGUUGGCAGAAGCCUUAGGAUAUAAGAGGAAUAUUAUAACGGGUAUUGUUAAAAAAUAUGAGAAGAACAAUGAUAAAGUAUCCAGACAAGGUCCAUCUAAGUACACAAAAUUUACAUUCAACAAAUAUUUAGGAGGAAUUAUGAAGGAAAUUGCAAGCGUUAAAGAUUCAACGGUUUGGUUUGCAACAGUUAUAACCAUGAUUUUAGUUACAUUAAUUCUUCCUCCAAUAAUAAAUUACGAAUUAAACCAAAUUGAAGGAGAACGUCGUUGGACAUUAAAGACUAGUUUUUGGUUUUUAUUUUCUUCUUUUACUAAUCAAGGAUCUGAAAUCAGCAAUAUAAAUCGACUGUAUUCAAGAAUUGCUAUUGGAAUUUGCUCUGUAACAGUUCUCAUAUUAACAUUUAGUUAUAGCGGAACAUUAACUUCUCACUUGACUGCUCCAAGUUUAGAGCCCGUGCCCAAAACAUUUCAGGAAUUGACUGAUGCUGUAAAGAAAGGAAGGAUUGCUUGUGGCACUCGUGACUCUUCGGCUGUUUAUACCUUUAUAAUGGGUUACCCGUCUGUUGGAGAGUGGAAUAACAAAUACGGUUCUUUCCGAUAUAAGCAAGAAAAAUCAGAAAAUGGAAAGUGGAUUUGA